AUGACGACGAUAGCAAGAGCAAAAACAACUGAUACUGAUACAGACGACCCCAUUCUCUGUCCGUUACGAGUCGGCCAUCUCCUCAAAUCAGGUGAAUCAGCAUUUCCUACGGCGUUCAGUCAGGCUUACAACAAGAAGGCCCUUGACGAGCAAAAGUCGUUCGAUGCCCUUACAGCCACCAAGACCGACCCAGACACGGACAUUUGCGCCAACUGUCGCAUCCGAUGGAUCCCAGGAUGGUCAGUUUCUGUUCAGAUUGAGUUUCUGACCACUAAACGGAAAAAGGCCGUCCGAAACCUCGUCUACAAGUGUGACAAGUGUUCAUAUAAGUUGAAGCAUGCCUUGCCAGCGCCAGGGACGGCUCGAGUCAAGCGGAUGCCGGCUAAGAAGGUCAAACAAGAGUCGAAGGUGUCGAAGCCGACUUCUUGUGGUUCGAAAUCGACUUUGGGGUCAAAGCCUCCCCAGUCCAAGUUUGGCAAGGCUGGAAAGGCUGCUCAGAACAAAAACUCGCUCAAGGCCAUGCUGGAGCUGAAGAAACAGAAGGAGAAGGAAAAGUCGAGUCUCAAUUUGAUGGACUUUAUGAAUUAA